AUGAAAACAACUCCAUUCAAAAGAUACAUAAUGAAUAAAGCUGAAAUCGAUUUUUUCCAAAACCAAGGCUAUUCCUUUGUACGAACAAUAGCACAAGGUGGGUAUGGUAUAGUGUUCGAAAUGCAUUCAAAUAAAUAUAACAUUGACUAUGCCGUCAAAAGAAUUCCAAAAUGUUUCCUUUCUAACUCCGAAUUGGAUUGUCUCAUGCAAAUAGAUGAUCCAUAUAUUGUCAGACUAUAUCAAGUCUUCUACUUAGGAGACUUUAUUUACAUGGUCAUGGAACUUUGUCAGAAUGAUUUAUUCAAUAUAUUCACAAGUUCACAGCAACUUUCCGACGAACAGAUGAAGAAAUAUGCCCUAGAAAUGGUUUUAGCUAUUAAAUCCAUUCAUGAUAGAAACAUUGCACAUUGUGAUAUUAAACCAGCCAAUUUCUUCAUCGAUAACUAUGGAAGAGUUAAAAUUGGUGAUUUUGGAUUGUCAUCUAUCAAUGGCACAGCUACGACAUGUAAAAUUCAAAAAGGCACCCGAUUAUAUAUGGCUCCUGAAAUGUAUGUUCUGAAAGAGUAUAAUGCCAUGAAAUCCGACAUUUGGUCACUUGGCGUAUCAUUGUAUUAUAUGGCAACCAAGCAAUAUCCAUUUAACGCUCCUGACCAAAGUAAAUUGGAGCAAGUAGUAAAUAUCGGUCUGUUUCCAAAAGAACAAGUAAGAGACAAGCAAUUACUAGGUCUUAUAUGCAGGUGCCUCGAGAAGAACCCCUGCAGAAGGCCAUCAAUCAAUGAUCUCUUAAGAAUUCCAUAUCUCAAGGAACAGUUGCCAAAUGAAACGUGCUGCCGAUUUGUCUUACCUAACUUCCACAAAUGCUGCAAACCAAUAAUUAAGCCAGAAAUCAAACCAAGAAAUUCCCUCUGUGCAUUCGCAAGUAAUUUGCAAAUACAUUGUUUCAAAGGCUCAAAGAUGCGCCUUAUUAACUCUGAACGUGAAAUUCCUGUUUGUAUUAAAUAA